AUGAGCUCUAGUUUCGAAUCUCAGGUUAUUGUCCUCGAGUCUUGUAUCUUGAGUCUCGAAUCUAGAGUCUCAAGUCUGGAAUCUGGAAUCUGGGAUCUAAGAUUUCAGGUCUUAGAGCUUGGAUAUCAGGGCCUCGAGCCACGGCUAUACAAGACGCCAGAUCCGAAUGAGGAUCUUCUGGGCGUCCGAUUGAAGAAGUGCAGAAGUGCUCGACGAUCCCAACCCCUGGUAGAUCUGCACUCGAAAGAGCGUUUUGUCAUCCGUUCCGAGUGGACAAACAAAAAUCACGCCAACACGGCCAGAAGGAUCCGGAUCAAAGGCGAGAAACCGGGGUGGGGCCGCAAUUACGGGCGCCUCUUCACGUCAGCCCGGCUCUGGAAGGCGGCCGUCUGCAAAUCUGAGGUGACGAGGCGAGAGAGGGAAAGAGACGUCUUCUCGCAGAUUGGUAUUGCGUCACAAGGUACAUGCGACGGGCUGGAUACGAUAGACCAGGAUGGGUUGGAGGGGUGUCUUCUGAACCGAACACUGUCGCCCGAUUUACGGUUCGGUCACGCCAGUCGCGGCAACUACCCCAAAGUGGACCGGGAAAAAAGAGGACUAUGGUUGCCCAGGCUGGACAAUACCAACAAUGACCAAUCGCAUGUCAACUCACCUGCUUCUGAGCUGCGUCUGGCACCAGACGGCGGAGUUCCGUGA